AUAGGAAGAGACGUCCUCCUGCUCUGUUUACUUUUCUCUCGUGUUAAGAGCCUGCAGAUUGGGGGACUUAUUGAGACGGGCCGUCUCUGUUUCUCCUCCUAUUCUUUCAUUCCUCUCUUAUCUAUCUGCGAGAGUGCGGCGUGGUUACUUAAGGUUCAGCUGUGCUUCUUGGUUUUUAAAACAGCUCAGGGGAGUGUGCAGAAGAAGCAAGAGUUUGUUGUGGACUGCCAGAACUUCCGAAUCAGAUUCAAUUCAGUGAAGAACGCAACCUGUGAAGGAAGAGGAAAUAAUGUUUAUCCAACGUCACCAUGUGUUUUACCAUUAAAAGAGCUUGAAUUUCGCAUUACUGCAGGUGUUUUUUGUUUCAAAUCGGUGCACUUUGUUCCGACGGUCAUGAGGCUCGCCAGAAGUGGCUGGCACUUGGCGCUGCUGCUGGCGACCGCCGGGCUGGUGACUUCCGGAAACGGUGGCGGUCAGAGGCGCGGAGGUAGCGAGAGGCGGAGAAAGCUUCAUCGCGUGCAGAACGGCCAAUGCAGCUACACCUUCAUCCUGCCGGAGAUGGAGGGCUGUCAGGGCGGAGGGGACCACAUCGCCGGGAGCAACGUGGUGCAGAGGGACGCCCCGCCGGGCGAGAGCGAGUGGUCUGCUCAGAAGCUGCAGCAUCUGGAGAUGGCCAUGGAAAAUAACACGCAGUGGCUGCAGAAGUUGGAAAACUACGUUCAGCAGAAUGUAAAGACUGGCAUGGUGCAUAUCCAAGCGGAUGCGGUUCAUAACCAGACGGCCACUAUGUUGGAGAUCGGCACUAAUCUGCUGACACAGACCGCUGAGCAGACCAGGAAACUCAAUGUAGUGGAGACUAAAGUUAUGAACCAGACAUCAAGAAUUGCAAUACAGUUAUUAGAGAAUUCACUAUCAACAAACAAACUGGAGAAGGAGCUCUUAACACAGAUUUCAGAAAUUUCAAAACUCAGAGACAAGAACAGUCGCUUGGAGGAUAAAGUCCUGGUCCUGGAGUCACAGCAGAGGAGAGAGCUGGAUGGCAUGAGGGAGGAGAAAGAGAGACUGCAGGACCUGGUGAAGAGACAGACGUCAGCUAUAACAGCUCUGGAGAGACAGCUGAGAGCCGCCAGCAGCAAUAACUCGGCCCUGCAGAGACAACAUCAGCAGCUUAUGAAGUCUGUCCACACACUCAUUGGUCUGGUGUCUGUUGGACCCGGGUUCUCACCGUCUCCACAGCGGUUUCGAGACUGUGCCGAGGCCUAUAAAUCUGGUCACAACAUCAGUGGAGUCUACCACAUUUACAUUGGAGACACGACUGAGCCGACAAAGGUCUUUUGUGAUAUGGAGACGAGUGGAGGUGGCUGGACAUUAGUCCAGCGAAGAGUCAAUGGUAGUUUAAACUUCCAGAGAGGCUGGAAAGAGUACAAAAUGGGAUUUGGUGAUCCCAGUGGAGAGCAUUGGUUGGGUAAUGAGGCCGUUCACCUGAUGACAAGUCAAGCCCAGUACUCCCUCCGAGUGGAACUUCGAGACUGGGAGGACAAUGGUGCCUACGCACUUUAUGACAAAUUUCAGCUGGCCAGUGAAAAACAACAGUACAGGCUCUUACUAGGCAGCUAUAGUGGAACAGCCGGACAGCAAAGCAGUUUAGCAUCAAACGGCACAGGUUUCAGCACCCGGGACGCCGACAACGAUAAGUGUAAUUGCAAGUGCGCCCUCAUGAUGACUGGAGGCUGGUGGUUUGAUGCAUGUGGUCUCUCCAACCUGAAUGGAAUCUACUACACAGUGGGUCACAACAUCCGCAAACUCAAUGGGAUUAAGUGGCAUCACUUCAGAGGACCCAGCUAUUCCCUGCAAUCCACCGCCAUGAUGAUCCGACCAGCUGAAUUCUAACGUAUUAUCACAUCGAAUGAACCUUCAAACCGAUAUGCCUUACAAACAUCCUCGCAAGCAACAAGGUUGUGAAAGAUAUUUGACAAACAAGAAUGUACGAAUGUGAUGUUUUAUAGCAAAUCAGAAAGACAGAAAUCUGAAAAACACCUAAUUUCUGUGCUGCGAUUUCUCUUUCAAAACACAUUUCUCUUUCUCAGCCCCACAACUUCUGUUCUCUGGACGUACGGCUCAUAAACUGAAACAAUGUCAACAAUGCUUUGACAAGGAUCAUUGUUGUGCCAUCAAAUAAGCCCCGUUCCAGAAGAACACUGAGAACUUCAGGAGGACUAAAGGGAUUAAAAACUCACGCUGAUUAUUAACAAAAGACUCAGUGAGGCUCUUCAUGUUUUUGAACUUAUUUUGAACAGGCGAUGCUGUCCAGGCGAACACCAAAUGCACCUUCAUAUUUGUAUGGUAUUUUAACAACAGCUAAUAACUGGAUAUUUUUAUAUUGUGCAUUUUUUAUGCUUCUACCUUCAUUUUUAUACACCAAUGUUCUGAAUUGCGUCCAAGCGUUAUUAGUAUCGCAAGUGUAUAUUGUAUCCUCAAUGCAAGGGGAAUUACAGAACACAUAAUGAACAAUAGCAGAAACACAGAAGAUCUGGGUAGCAUGAACAACUUAGCCCCUCAAGAUGAGCCAACCGGAAUACUGUCAUUGAGAUGAAAUGCUAAUGGCUAACGUUCCCUAAGUAUAUUAAUCUUAUUGAGUGAUAACACAUCAGCAUGGACAUUUACAGAUAAUGCCACGACUCCUUAGGUUUGAUACUACCAACGCAAGAUGAGAAUACAUGAAAUAUGUACAAUGGGACUUGGUGACAUUGUCACCAAAUGUAAUCUAUAAAUUUGUGUUCAUAGACACGGAUUUCUUCUUUCUUUCGUAUCACUCAGCACGACUUUUUUCCGUGUCACCCAGCACGACAAUCUAACAUUUUAAUACGCGAUAUCUUUCAUACGUAUGAAUACAUACCGACGCAAUCUGAUGGGAAUUGGUAGGCUACCUGUUUCACGAGGUGGCUCAUUCGUGUGAAUCCCUACAAUCUCCUUCGUACAUUUUAUUAUGUUUUGAUUUGCCCCUGUGACAUUGGUUUAGGGGCGGGGUUCUGGUGGGCCUUUAACGUUGCUUUGCCAGCUUGUAAAAUUUGAGCGUUUUAGCGAAAUUAGCCUUUGCGGCUGUGAUUUUAGGGGUUUGGGCUGGGAUAAGGUGUCGGUUAGCCACCUCCUUAAAUAUGUAUGACUGUUUUUGAUAUCGGGUUAUAAAUAUAUAAAUGUAUACUGUGUAUUGAAAGUCGUGCUGCUGACUGACAUGAAAAAAGGGGGAAAUUCGUGUCCAUGAACACGAAUCAAUAGAUUCUAAAUUUCAUGCCUAUGCCACCAACUGCCUUGAGACUGGGUUGGUUCUUGCAUACUUACGUAAAGUAUGUGUCCGGCCCUAGAAAAGUUGGCCUUACUCAUGUGAUUUGUAAUUUUUUUUGUGUGUGUGUGAAAGAAAAAUGCUAUGUUUUGUUUACUUAUGUCUUUGUAUUCUUUAAAUAGAAUGACCUGUUCUUACAAUGUAUGAAAAGUCAUGUACAGUAUAUUUGAAGGAUGCACUUUAAGGAGCAAAAUAAGAGGUUCACCCCGUUGGCAGAUACGCUGACUGUCUCUACAACUGUACGAUAUAAAUGAGGUUAUUAAGUUGCUGCUUUACAGUAUUACCUUUUGACCGUAAACCUUUCAACAUGUAUUACUUCUUUUAGCCAAUAAACCUUUCAUUGCAUAAUAAACCUUGCAGUAACAUAAAAAGAUCAGCUAUACGCACUCAAACUGGAUAGUAGCUUUUCGACAGGUCGAAGUUUAUUUUACUGUCUUGAACAAAAUAUGUUGAAAACGCCAAAGGCUGUUCUGUCUAUUGAGGUCCUAGCUUCCUAGUUCAUGUUUUUUACUUUAUAUUAAACUCAAUUCCAUAUUUCUGCCAAGAACAGCAGAAGCGGAAAACAUUCCCUCUGUAAAUGUUUAUGAUAAAUCUUUUUUGUUUGUUUUGUGAGUUCUGCAAGAGCAAUAAAGUGCUUUUUACAUA